UGCGGCGGCUGCGGCACGGCAGGGACCCGGCAGAGAUGCCGUGCCGCCCAGGCGAGCGCUUCCUGCUGCUGGAGCGCCCGGUCGCCGUGGGACAGGCAGGCUCCAAGGAGGUGGACGCGCUGGUGGCUAAGCUGGGCGAGGUGCUGCAGCUGAGCGCCCAGCGGGCGCCGCCGCCGCCCCGCGCCCCGAAGCACCUGGGGCCGGGCAGCGCCCGCGACCGCGCCGCCCCCUACUCGCCGCGGUGCUGCAGCGGCGGCGGGGCCGGGCUGCUGGCGCCGCGGGGUCCGGCCCCGCCGCAAGCCCACCCGCAGCACGCCGAGACCCCGCGGCCGGACCGGAGCGGCCACCAGCGGGUGACCAAGCAGCUGUGCGGCCGCGGCUGGCUGCGGAGCGCCGCUCGACGGAGGAAGCAGCCGCCGCCGGGGCCGGGCGACGGUCCGGCGGAGGAGGAGGACCCGCACCGGCUCCUGCAGCAGCUCAUCCUCUCCGGCAACCUCAUCAAAGAAGCCGUCCGGCGGCUGCAGCUGGCGGCGGCGGCGGCAGCGGCAGCGGCGUCCGCGGCCUCCAGCGGCAGCGCCUCGGCAGGGAGCGGCGGCGCGGACAGCGAGGCGGCGGCAGCGGCGGUGGUGCAGCCCCUGCAGUAG